UUUCCUAACAUCUUGCAGACCGGUGGACGUAGUUGGCAGGUGCCAUUAGGGCGUAGAGAYGGAUUGGUUUCACAAGCAUCUGAUACUGCAKCCUUACCUGCGUUUAACGACCCUAUUAGUGUUCAAAUCAGAAAGUUUGCAGACAAAGGUCUUAACACACAAGAUCUUGUUACUCUUGUUGGCGGACAUACAAUUGGAACGUCAGCUUGUGCAUUAUUCAGCUACAGACUAUACAACUUCAACAAUACCAAUGGACCUGACCCUGAAAUAAACCAAGCGUUCCUUCCCCAACUCCGAGCACUUUGUCCCAAUGGUGGUGAUGGGUUGAGGCGUGUGGCCCUUGAUACAGGCAGCGUUGAUCGGUUUGGCAGUUCCUUCUAUGAAAAUCUGAGGAAUGGACGAGGAGUUCUUGAAUCCGACGCAAAGCUAUGGAGCGACCGGAGGACUCAGGGGUUUGUACAAGGGUUUCUGGGAACGAGGGGGCAACCUGGAUCGAGAUUCAACAGCGAGUUUGGAAGAGCCAUGGUGAAGAUGGGUAAUACUGAGGUGAAAACGGGAAUGCAAGGAGAAAUUCGUAGAGUUUGUACGACAACCAAUUGAUAUUGAUGUGGGUUUUAACUUGAAUCAUAAGUUGUUAAUAGCAUAAAUUUGAUUUAAAUCAAUCGAAAAUUGUAUCGAGUA